AUGGUUGCAUAUGCUUACAGAAGAGCAAAAGAAGCGAUCAGAUCAAGAGGAGACAUAGUCUUAAACGUAGCAUCUAGCGGUAUAGCAUCUCUUUUGUUAGAAGGCGGCAGAACAGCUCAUUCAAGAUUUGGUAUUCCUCUAGAUGUUCAUGAAACACCUAUAUGCAACAUGUCAAGGUCUUCUGAUCAAGGUCAAUUAGUCCAAGAAUCAAAGUUGAUCAUUUGGGAUGAAGCUCCAAUGAUGAGUAAAUAUUGCUUCGAAACUUUGGAUAGAAGUCUGAAAGAUAUAAUGCGUGAUCAUGAUGAUAAACCUUUUGGUGGGAAGGUCAUUCUUUUUGGUGGUGAUUUCCGUCAGAUUCUACCUAUUAUUGUUGGCGCUGGCAUGAGGAAAAAUAUGAGGCUGCGGCAGAACAUUAUUCCAAAAGAGGCGCUUGAAAUUGACGAAUUUUUGAAAUGGAUUCUAGAUGUGGGAGAAGGAAGACUUAAUGAGCCGAAUGAUGGUGUUGCUGAUAUUGAAAUCCUAGAAGAGUGCUUAUAA